AUGGCUGCCGAGGAGCUGUCGGAGGGCGGCAUGACCGAUAUCAUUCGGGCACUCGAGCUCAUCCACAACCCUUCGUCAACAAAUGAGCUUCGCAGAGAGGCAUUGUCAUUCGUGGAAUCACUAAAGGACAGCGAGUCUGCGGCGCGCAAUGGCUUCCUGCUGGCGUCGCGCGCAGAACACGCCCCCGUGGUACGAUAUUUUGGCUUGACCUUACUAGACCAUGUGCUUCGCCACUUGCCAUUCACCAACUCCGACGAUUCUGCGGGCCUACGAUCGAUAAUAUUACAGCUGGCAGAGAACGUUCGGCCGGAAGAACCCGCAUAUUUCCGCAACAAGAUCCCUCAGCUGUGGGCGGAGACGGCCAAAAAGAGCUGGGGACUGGACUGGAUGGAUAUGGAUGCCACAUUGGUGCAGUUUUGGGGUGCUUCCCUGAUCCACAAGGAGCUGGUACUUUCUGUUCUCGAAACUCUAUCCGAGGAUAUCUUCUUCCGGGAGGACACCGUCUCGUCGUUGCGCGGAACUGAACUCAAUCGGGCGCUCGUAGAGAUCUUCACACCAUCGGGCAUUGUCGAACAAAUCAACCCCGACAAGAACACCAAUUCUGUGCUGCGCUGUGGGCAGGAAGGCUGGCUCGUCCGGAUCUGCGAGUUUCUUGACAGCUGUGUUCAGAAUGUGUCAAGUUCAGCUCAGGCCCGAGACGCCGCCGUGAAAGCUUUGGCAACUCUUAGGUCUGCGCUGUCCUGGUCAAUCUACAAAGCCAUUGUGGCUUCGCAGGUUGUUUCCAGCAUUUUCAGAGCAUUGACCUGCCAAGAUGACCAGGUACUGCUGGGCGCAAUUGAGGCACUCCACGCCUUGUAUGGAAGGAAUAACAUGGGCAACGAAGAGUCCCACGGACUCGUCUUUCAGAUUUUCGAGCCCGAUUACCUGGUUAUCCUGCAGAAGCUCUACGAAUGGUCAAUUGUGGGCCCUGACGAAAUAGAUGAGCCGAAAUAUCUGGUGUCCAAAAAGCUUUCUGAGAUGGUAUCCUAUAUCGCCGGAUGCCUGGAAGAUGAAAGGUUCCUUCGAGACACCAUUCAUCGUUUGAAUCUUCCGCCAUUCCUACAAUUCAUGAUCAACAUCAUGCAGCACCAAAGUCUGACUGUCUCGAUACCUGUCCUGCAUCUCUGGUCCAAAUUGCUGGCCAUUGAGAAGAUCGGCAACCUGGACUUCGUUAUCGAACAAACCCCUCAGUUCCUGAACAUCUGCACCCAGCGCUUGAUUCGCUGGGAAUCUCUACCGACUGAAUCAGAUGACCCCACGGUACAAUUCUUGGUGGAGGAUAUUGAUACGAUCCCGGAGCGACAUGCAUUUGUGGGUAACUAUCGCCGAUACUGCUCGUCAAUCAUUGAGACCAUCACGCAAAAACGCCCCCAGGAGGCAUUGAGUGAGAUACUGGGCAGAGUUGACGGUAACUUGGACAACUUGUACAGCGGUGUUGAGCCAUUCAGCAUGCAAAAUUUUACCAAGUCGUCUAUUCCCCUCAUGCGCGCCGAUGCUCAAUUUGCCGUUGUGGAGGCAGUCAUCAAGGGCUUCAACAAGUGGAUCGGUGCCCAUGGCAAAGCACCGCAACAGGACGAGCAAAAGCGAGCCGAACUGGAACAUGCCGUGGAAGGCUGGGCCUCGAGCCUUAUGCAAAGAGCCUUUGAUGACCCGGUGUUGAAGCAAAGAGUUAUCAAGCUGGCAGUUGAUAUCUCCUCGAGAGCCUUGGACAACCACGCAGGAUUUGCGCUCAAAGUCCUUGAGCAUAUCCUUAUGACACGCCUCCCAGACCAACCUGAAUAUCCACUUUAUUCGGAAGCCAUCAAGGAACUUCACGGCCUGGCAAGUCAUGAACUUCGCCGGCUGGCCAUGCGUUAUGCCGAUUACUUUUCUACUUUCUACGAUUUACUCGAACCGAAGAUCAAGGAAAUUACUAUGGCCAAUCGGGUGGACGACAAGCUGCAAAUGGAGCUGACCUCGAUUCUACUCAUCAUCAUGCAACGCGCGAACAAUGUCGAUCCUUAUGUGCGUCAGUCUCGAUUGGCAUCCUUUCUCGAGCCGAUUAGGGUAGCAUGGCAGGACGAUGAAUUUCGUCGUCUGAGCUCAUCCUUCGAGGGUUUCUGCAACAUGCUUGGAUUGGAGAGAGUUGGGCCAUACAUGCAAGCCAAGCAGGCCCAGAAGUUAGCAGACUGGUCAUCAGUUUCUUUGGAUAAUGAAGGGAAACUUGUCCAGGAGGAGAUGACCAGGAAAUUCCAGCUGCUUCCUCUCCGUGGGACUAAGACCAUGUUGGCCGUUUCAACGGAUAAGCUGAAAAAGAACGCCCCGGCAUAUUCGAUCGCCUGCAAUAUCUGGCAGGAACUUAUUCCUCAAAUUCUUCCUACCUUACUUCAGCUUGUCAGCCAUGCCCAUGCUUUUCACAACCCGGCCAAUUGGGAAAUGAGUGAGGACAUGCGUGUGGUGGUGGAACGCAUCCUGACAGAUCGGUUUUGGCAAGCUGGUAUCUCCAGUGGCAGCCGUGAUGAGUUUUAUGCCAGAAUCACUGCCUCCAAGGCCACUCUUGAGGGAUUCGCCUCCUCCGUUCGCGGGAAAAUCCGGGCAGUUCGGGAGUCUUGCUAUUCCAUGCUCUUCAGUAUGAGCAGACUACGCGAACAUUUCUACGGAUUCACUGAACUCCCCGGGCCCCUAUCUGAAGCUUUGUUUCAGGACUCACCCAAUCUUUCUUCCCACCAGUUUUCCGUCCUUCUGAACAUCUCCCGCUGCCUGAUCGAUGACUGCCCCGUACGGUUCCGGAGCCACUUUCUGCCCCCCAUGCUGUCCACCUUAUUCACCAAUAUUGACCGUAAAAUCACCUCGGAAUGGGAGAUCAUUGAGCAACGGAGGAACGGACUAUCGGAUGGCGACUUGACGGAUGAGAUGAAAUCCGAAAGUGUCCUUCGCCAGUUAACGUACUCUGCGGUAAUAAUGGUCGCCAGUCUAUUCGAUCCGCAGAGAGGCGGUACGGAAUUUCAACAACCUUCAGUAACCCAUCUUUCCCAGCAUCUCACGCUGAUAAUCUAUGAAAAACCAGACCCAGAUGUCGCGGAGACAGACCCCAGUGCACUUCCGCCGACCCCCGAACUCUCCGAUUCGAUCCGCCACUUUGUGCUCUGCUCCCCCCAGAUCUUCGAGCCCGUCAUGCUCUUCUGCACGCACGCUCUCCGUAUGCGAGACACGCGGUGCUGUAGCAUUAUCACCCGGGUCAUCCGAUCGAUUUUGCAGGACUUUGCACCUCCCAAUGACAGCCCCACGACCGUGACCAUCCGCGAAUUCAUCUGCACAGAGGUUCUCAAGGCAUGCAUUACCUCUGUACAUGAAUCAUAUUUUGUCGACAUGCAGAAAGACCUUGCCCAGUUGAUUGCCUCGAUCUGGGUACUCUACGGCAGCUGCAGCCAUACCCCACGAACUGUAUUCCUCAGCUUGCCAGGCCUGACUGAGCAGAAAAUCGCCCAAACUGAAGCGACUCUCCACCGCUGCGCUUCACCACGACAGCAGCGGGCACUGAUCCUCGAGCUUCUCGAGCCGUUGCGUGGAAUCAGUAUUGCCGAGCAGGGAAAGAUUCUCGGCUCUCGCGAGGAGCGCCGCAAAGCCCGUAGCGCGAUCCAGGAGCGAUACAUGACCAACGAGAUGGAGACCCAGCAGCGACAACCUCGGGUCGAUAUCAAUGAUGGUCCUGACCUGGGCGGUGUUGCUGAUCUGUUUGGGUAA